AUGUAUUCCGGGGAAAACCAAACAAACGCGUUCGAACGUCGACUUCAUAACGACAACGACAAGGCAGCCAUUUGGUCUAUCACAGCUUUUUUUGGACGAUUUGAUGCUCUUUCAAAACCUUUCAAAUGCCCCGGUUCAGAAGCCCGUCGAACAUCUGAUAAGCCUGCCCGCAAGCUCCGUAAAGUGAACUAUGCAGGCGCAGAUUGUAGUGCCGAGGAUGAUGGCGCCAAACCAUGGACAAAUGAGGACAGACUUGCCCUCGCAAACCGUGACGCCAACCGCUUCCCAGUAUUCAAAGUUAAAGAUAAAGAAACCACCUUCCGCCAACGGUUUCACGUUCCUUUGAUCGACAAGUCGAGUGGUAACUACAGUUCUGGUCGUGCUGCCCCGACUCUGGGAAUGCGUUGUGGUGCUACUUUCGUCGUUAAACCUCUACAUGAUCCCAGCGGAGAGUUUGCAAUCGUACUUUAUGACCCAACUAUCGAUGAUAAACCGGAUGACAAGGAUGAAAGCAAAGACACUGCUGGAAACAAGGAGGGUGAAGAGGUCGAGCAAAAGAAGUUGAAUCAGCCACUAGUGCAUAAAAGCCUUGCGGAAAUAUUGGGGAUCAAGAAGAAUGUUGACGAAAGACCCAAAGUACCCGUCGUUAUUGAUCCGAGGCUUGCAAAGAUUUUACGACCACAUCAGAUUGAGGGUGUAAAGUUGCAAUGUAUCACGUUGAUGUGGACCUUACUUAAACAAUCGCCUGAGGCGGGUAAACCUACAGUCCAAAAGGCGGUUAUUGCAUGUCCAGCUACGCUAGUAGGCAACUGGGCAAAUGAACUAGUGAAAUGGCUGGGCAAGGACGCUAUAAACCCCUUUGUGAUCGAUGGGAAAGCUUCAAAGACGGAACUAACAUCCCAGCUAAGGCAAUGGGCAAUUGCUUCUGGUCGAUCCGUUGUCAGGCCUGUGUUGAUUGUUUCGUAUGAAACACUGCGAAUGAAUUCAGAUGAACUUCGGGAUACCCAAAUUGGGCUUCUUCUCUGCGACGAAGGGCAUCGGCUAAAGAAUGCUGACAGUCAAACUUAUGUAGCACUGAACAAGCUCAACGUCCAGAAACGCGUCAUCCUUUCUGGAACUCCAAUUCAAAACGACUUGUCUGAAUACUUCAGUCUUCUCGACUUUGCGAACCCGGGUAUACUAGGGUCACGAAGCGAAUUCCACAAGACAUAUGAAAUUCCCAUUCUCCGUGGCCGUGAUGCAGAUGGGACUGAUGAGCAGCAGAAGAAAGGCAAUGAGCGUCUUGCUGAACUUCUUAAUCUCGUUAAUAAGUUCAUUAUUCGAAGGAGCAAUGACCUUUUGUCCAAAUACCUCCCCGUCAAGUAUGAGCACGUUGUAUUUUGCAAUCUUGCUCCAUUCCAGCUGGAUCUAUACAACCACUUCAUCCAGAGUCCUGAAAUCAAGAGUCUCCUUCGUGGUAAAGGAAGUCAGCCUUUGAAGGCAAUUGGUAUUUUGAAAAAGCUUUGCAAUCACCCCGAUCUUUUGAAGCUCUCAGAAGAUCUACCAGGAUGCGAGCAAUAUUUCCCCGAAGAUAUGACGGUAUCCAAUGGCCGCAGAGGGGACCGUGAAGUUAAGACUUGGUACUCUGGUAAAAUGAUGGUCUUGGAUCGAAUGCUUGCACGUAUCCGACAGGAUACUAAUGAUAAGAUCGUCCUGAUCAGCAAUUACACGCAGACAUUGGACCUUUUUGAGCGUCUGUGCCGAGCUCGUGCGUAUGGCUGUAUACGCCUUGACGGAACUAUGGGUGUUAAGAAACGGUCAAAGCUAGUCGAUAAAUUUAAUGACCCGAACGGAGAAGAGUUUGUCUUCCUGCUCUCCAGUAAGGCAGGCGGAUGCGGCAUCAACUUGGUUGGAGCAAACCGGUUGGUACUCUUUGAUCCCGAUUGGAAUCCUGCCGCCGACCAACAGGCAUUGGCUCGAGUGUGGCGUGAUGGCCAGUCAAAGGACUGUUUUGUUUACCGAUUCAUUGCCACUGGCACGAUUGAGGAGAAGAUCUUUCAACGUCAAUCACACAAGCAAUCUCUAUCAUCAUGCGUGGUUGAUUCAGCCGAGGACGUCGAGCGCCACUUCAGUCUCGACUCACUUCGAGAACUCUUCCAGUUUAAGCCAGGUACGACCAGUGACACACAUGAUACAUUCAAGUGUAAACGCUGCAGGCCGGAUGGGACACAGCAUAUCAAGGCACCUGCAAUGCUGUACGGCGACACGAGUUCCUGGAACCAUUUUGUCAACACAGGCGAGAAGGGCCCUAUGAACCGGAUCCAGGAUUUAUUGUUACGCCAGGAAACGAGCGAGCAAGCAGUCAGCGCAGUCUUCCAGUAUAUCAGCCAUUAA